AUGCAGAUGUUCGACAAUGGACAUGUUCCCGAGUCGCUACUGCUCAUUAUCGCUGCGACGACCCUCAGAAUCCUGGAUCCAGAUGAUCCACGGCCUCAUCGAUGGGCAGACGAGUGUCGGCGGAAAGUCCUGCUGGAUGCCUUUUUACCACCGACGCAGACCACCCUGCAAACAUUCAUCCUUCUGCAGCGUUACGAAUGGCAUCGUGGGUCGCAUAUGAGCGCCUGGAUCACCUCUGCUAUUGCGGUACGUCUGACUCAUGCACUGCAACUGAACCUGGAACUGCCACGAAAGUCUGGCAAUGUCCACCCGGUUUCUCUCACUGUACGGGAAAUGCGGCGACGAACCCUGUGGGCUUGCUUCGUAAUGGAAAGUCUGAUGGAGAGUGGCCGCCAUCCAUUUAGUGGACUUGAUUUAUCUUCGAUCGAAACUAAUCUCCCCGGUGACGAACAUUCUUUCCAGCUUGGGAUAGGAAACGAGUUGCCGGGGUCCUGGACAGACAGCGCUUCAGAACCAUCGACGAUCCUCAAUCUUCCCUGGUUUCAAGGACGUCCAGAUAUUCCCGCCUAUCUCGUGAGACUAGCAAUCUUGCGGCUGUUGAUUUUGCAGUACACUGCUCCAUAUCACCCUCGAAAUGCGGAUCGAAUGCCGCAGACACUGCCUUGGCUGGCCGAGGGGCCUUUUUACCAGUUCGAAGCCGAGCUGACAAGGUGGUCGGCAGAUUUUCCUGACAGUCUUCGACUCAGUACCGACAACUUGUACCGCCGUCAGCCCGAUCUUUUGGGCUUCGUCACUUUUCACUACUGGACGCCUUCAGAAUGCGAUGGCCAUCGCCAGUACGAUAGAAACAUCGCUACCACAUCUGCGUUCGGAACAUGA